AUGAUUCUGACUCGGACUUGGGCGCCAACUCGAUUGAAAAUCCUAUCCUCCACCGUCAUUCUGAAGAGACUUAACUCGACCAACUGCCAUAAACUUGCGACAUCGAUGUCUGUACAGCAACCUCCUUGGUCUCCACCAAAGCGGCAGGCAGAGGAACAGGUGCUUCGGGUAUACAACUCAUUAACUAAGACGAAAACAGAGUUUGUUCCUACGAACGGGCGCCACGUCAAAUGGUACAACUGUGGCCCUACCGUAUAUGAUGCGUCGCAUAUGGGCCAUGCAAGAAACUACGUGACCCAGGAUAUCCUACGUCGAAUAAUGUCAGAUUAUUUUGGUUACGAUGUGCACUUUGUAAUGAACGUAACGGACAUUGAUGAUAAAAUCAUCGAACGCGCUCGCCAAAACCAUUUGCUUGACACGUUCCGAAUUCAAACUACCACUUUGUCGGCGGCCUUGAUAGAUCAAGUGCGAGAUGCUUGGCGAAUUUAUGUCCGUGAACGCCUCAGCAAAGGCGAGGAGGAUGCAGCGUUUUCCCGCAUCUGCGACUCCAUUACGAACCCAGACUGGAAGCAAGAGUGCUUGAAAAGAGAUGAAAAGUUUGACAUGCACUUUUCCUCCGCGCGUCGCUGCCUGAAUGCCCUUCAAACGGCUCAAACGCAAUUAGGGACCGGCAAUGUGGGCUUGGACGUAACACAUCAGCUGAUCGAGGAUUCGAGGGAUAUUCUCGCAAUCUCGUUGGAUGCACAGUUAAAAUCUACGGUUACCGACCCUGCCAUCUCCAGAAGCCUUGCUGCCUACUGGGAAGGUAAAUUCUUUGACGAAAUGGCUCGCCUCAAGGUCCGCGAACCGGAUAUCGUAACUCGCGUGACGGAGUACGUUCCGGAGAUCGUGGCGUACGUAGAACGUAUCAUUCAGAACGGCUAUGCGUACGAGGCCGAGGGGAGCGUUUAUUUCGAUACUCUGACUUUUGAUGGUACCGAUGGACAUAAUUACGCCAAGCUCGAACCCUGGAGUAAAGGCAACCGUGAAUUGCUGGAAGGCGGAGAAGGUGCUUUGUCGAGCCGUACAGGGCGACGAUCGCCGUCUGAUUUUGCUUUAUGGAAGGCGUCAAAACCUGGAGAACCUUCCUGGCCAUCCCCAUGGGGUCCAGGCCGUCCUGGAUGGCACAUUGAAUGCUCUGUCAUGGCUAGCGCGAUUUUCGGGGAAAAUAUUGACAUUCACUCAGGAGGAAGUGAUCUGGCGUUCCCUCAUCACGACAAUGAGAUGGCACAAGCCGAGGCCUAUCAUAAUUGCAGCCCCUGGGUCAAUUACUUUCUUCACACUGGUCAUUUACACAUCGAGGGACUCAAGAUGAGUAAAUCACUCAAGAAUUUUAUCACAAUCGACGAAAUACUCCAGAAAUUCACUCCACGACAGCUGCGGUUGGCCUUCCUAACGCAACUCUGGAACUCCAAGGUCGAUUUCUCCGAAUCUUUGAUGACGGGAGAAGUUCGAAACACCGAAACCACAAUGAAUAAUUUCUUCACAAACGUAAAAGCACUUGUAAGCCAAUACCGAGCAGAGGGAAUGGCAUCAGACGGUCUACACCACUAUGAAAGCCACGAACGGGAACUCAUAUCAAGCCUCCAUCGUAGCCAAUCGGCUUUCCGGGCUGCGCUUUGCGAUUCGUUCAAUACCCCUGUUGCUCUCGAUACCUUGCGGGAUAUCGUUUCUCGCACCAACGUGUAUAUAAAUUCACGAGGCAAAGCCCUAAAUGUGCCAGUGGUCGAAAAUGUUGCGCGGUGGGUUGGAGAGAUGCUUCGUAUGUUUGGUCUCGGCGAAGGUGAAAAGUCUCAAAUAGGGUGGGGGCAGGUUGAAGAGGCCGACACCAAUCGAGAAGAAAUUCUUACACCUUAUAUUCGGACCCUCUCCUCCUUCCGCGAUGGUGUUCGAGCUCUCGCUAUGGCGAAGAACGAAACGUCGCUGAAGGACAUUCUUGCUCUCUCGGACAAGCUUCGGGAUGUUGACCUAGUUCCUUUGGGGGUCGCUCUGGAUGACCAAGAAGAUGGUAAAGCCCUCGUCAAGCUUGUUUCGCCUGCCGACCUCGUUAAGGCGAGGGAGGAGAAACGACUACAAGUGGAAGCCAAAGCUGCCAAAAAAGCCGCAUCUGUGGAGGCCGAACGCCAAAAGCGACUACAGAAAAUCGAAAAGGGCAGGGUUUCACCCAAGGACAUAUUCAAGCCUCCCAACGUGCCCGAAGGAACCUACGGGUCAUGGAACGAAGAUGGCAUUCCUCUUACUGAUGGGGAAGGCAAGGAGCUCAGCAAGAAUCAAGGGAAGAAGGUUCAGAAGGAUUGGGCAACCCAGGUGAAGCUGCACGAGGACUUCCUAGCGUGGCAUAAGGAUGGUUAAAGGUCGUCUAUAUGAUCACCAGUCACAUGAAUUGACGAUUAAUUUUGCGAUCUUCUCCAAUCCAACCUUAUCUUCAUCAUUGAACCCACCCACUGCAAGACAAUCCAAAUCCAACACUCCCAGCACGGUUGUAACACCAUCAUGUUCCAGCACAAGUGGACAUACAAUUUCACUCUUCGUUUCUCCGUCGCAGGCAAUAUGCCCAGGGUAUAGAUCGACCUCUGGCACAACAAUGGUAGUCGGUGUCAGAUAAGAGUCCGCGCAAACGCCUCGAGCUUUCCCUGGUGCAGUGUGAAUAAACUGACAUGCAGGUUUGCCACAAAAUGGACCAAGGAGUAAUCGGCUUGAGGUUUCGGUAGUCGUGGUACUUGUUUGAAUGCGCGGCGCAGGGAAAAGAGCAGAAUCAAGAUAGAAACCUGUCAAUUUUCCGCCGUCAGCCGCUGCCCUUCCAGUGAUGCAUGUCAUACGAGGAAAGAAUCCCACCACACCAGUUCACUGCCCUAUCAUCUUCCCUCCCGAAAUAUUUUGGAAAGGCGAGCAAUGCAUUGAAAAUGAUGGACGAGGCAUUCGCGAGAUUUGUGAUCUUUGACGAAUGAGCCAUGAAUGAUUUUUAAAACAUUGAUUCAU